CGCCCCGCGUUCCCGCCCUGCCCUGCGCGGCCCCGGGUGGCGGGAAAUGCGGGCGGUCUGGAUUCUGCCGCGACUGCAACUCACCUGGCCGGUUAUUCCGGUACUGGAGGACGGAACUAAGCCUUCGCGACUGUCUUCGUCGUUUCCCCAUCCCGAAUCUCCGGAAACCUGCCGGUGACGCGCUCGCCACUCAGACGAGCAGCUGAGAGGCCCAGGCCUUGCGGGUCCCGCGCGGGAAGCCCGUUUGCAGUGAAGUAACCAUGCAGGCAUUUCUCAAAGGAACAUCGAUCACGACAAAACCAUCAGCCAAGGAUCGAGGCGUCACAGCCACUGCAGGGAGCAGUGGAGAGAACAAGAAAGCAAAACCUAUCCCAUGGGUGGAAAAAUACCGCCCCAAGUGUGUGGAUGAAGUUGCUUUCCAAGAAGAAGUGGUUGCAGUGCUGAAAAAAUCUUUAGAAGGAGCUGACCUCCCCAACCUCUUGUUUUACGGGCCACCUGGCACGGGAAAGACGUCUACUAUUUUGGCAGCAGCUCGAGAACUCUUUGGGCCUGACCUGUUUCGAUCAAGAGUUCUUGAGUUAAAUGCAUCCGAUGAACGAGGAAUACAAGUAGUUCGAGAGAAAGUGAAAAAUUUUGCUCAGUUAGCCGUCUCAGGAAGUCGUUCAGACGGGAAGCCGUGUCCUCCUUUUAAGAUUGUGAUUCUGGAUGAAGCGGACUCUAUGACCUCGGCUGCCCAGGCAGCCCUGAGGCGCACCAUGGAGAAGGAGUCUAAAACCACACGAUUCUGCCUCAUCUGUAACUACGUCAGCCGAAUAAUUGAACCGUUGACAUCUAGAUGUUCAAAGUUCCGCUUUAAGCCUCUCUCAGAUAAAAUUCAACAGCAGCGGUUAUUAGACAUUGCUGAGAAGGAAAAUGUCAAAAUUAGCAACGAGGGAAUAGAGUAUCUUGUUAAAGUGUCAGAAGGAGACUUAAGGAAGGCCAUCACAUUUCUUCAGAGUGCUACUCGAUUAACAGGUGGAAAGGAAGUCAUGGAAAAAGUGAUCACAGACAUUGCUGGGGUCAUCCCAGCUGAGACAAUCGGUGGAAUAUUUGCUGCAUGUAAGAGUGGCUCUUUUGACAAACUAGAAGCUGCAGUAAAGGACCUGAUAAAUGAGGGUCACGCAGCAACUCAGCUUGUCAGCCAGCUUCAUGAUGCAGUUGUAGAGAACGAUAACCUUUCUGAUAAACAGAAGUCCAUCAUUACAGAAAAACUUGCUGAAGUUGACAAAUGUUUAACAGAUGGUGCUGAUGAAUACCUGCAAUUGAUAAGCAUCUGUGCAACUCUAAUGCAGCAAUUAACUCAGAAUUGCUAGCCUGAAAACUGGCUCAAAGAUGCUUUGUAAUACAGAACAUGAAAAUAAAAAUGACCAAACCACCUUAUAAA